AUGAUUGGAACAGCUUUGCAUGGGGCCAAUCCCGAAUCCAAGAAAGUACACAAGUAUACCGUUGCCGGUUUUAUGCUUCCGUUUAAGAUAUGGAUUGUCGAGACGUUCCCAGAGGCAACCCGGUAUUAUAUACGCACGCCGACAGAAUUGCCACAUAUGAGGUCGUGGAGAAGUAAAACACCGUUAUCUUGGGUUCAAUGUCGUCGAAUAAUCAACGUAUCUGUGGUAUGA